AUGGCGGCGGCGGCGCGGGGCGGCGCGGAGCGGUACUUUACGCGCUGGUACAAGCCAGACGUGAAGGGGCGGCCGUGCGAGGACUUCUGCGUGCUGCAGCACUCCAACAGAAUCUGUGUCAUCACCUUGGCAGAAGCCCAUCCUCUUCUUCAAAGUGGAAAAACAAUUAAAAGCAUUAAUUACCAAAUCAGCGCCAACUGUAGCAGACUCCAGAAUAAAGUCUCUGGGAAGUCAAAAAGGGGAGCUCAGUUUUUAACAGAACUUGCCCCUCUGUGCAGGAUAUCUUCAUCAGAUGGAGAGGAAUACACCAUUUAUAGUUGUAUACGAGGGCGACUGAUAGAAGUGAAUGAAAACAUUCUUAGCAACCCCGCUCUUCUGCAAGAAAAGCCAUCAACUGAGGGAUACAUCGCAGUGGUUCUACCCAAAUUUGAAGAAAGCAAGAGUAUAACUCAAGGACUUCUGACGCAGAAGGAGUACGAGGAAGUUUUGUUGAAACGUCUUAAUUCUUCUUCAUGAAAUUAAUUACACAGUUAUCAUCUCUGUUUGAUACUAAAUAAGCUACUUCUGUUGUACACCGUAACUUUCAUGGGAUCGAAAGGCCUAGCGCCUGUUUAAAAGUGGAACUUUAACUUGAUUCAUACAAGAAUAAACCAGUUCAAAUAGUUUGUA